UCACUCGAUUGAUUUCUGACAGCAAAAAAUAAUAUUAAUAUUAUAUAUUCCUGUACUGAAUGGUUGUUUUCUGAAGCGAGCGAGCUUCACUACACUACAGCGUUUGUGCGCUCGAUCCCUAGGGAAUCGUCUUCGCCUUAUAUGUAACUCCGGAAUCAAGAUUCGAGUCUCUGUAUUCAAUCCUCUUUUUCUCUAUGUUUUCUGAUAAUUCUUGUGUAUCGGGAUUAGGGUUUUAUCUCAAUUCAAUUCUUAUUGUACAAUUUGAGAAUAGAGUUAUUUAAUUUGUUUCCUCUAUUAUGAGUCGAUUCAAUCGAAAAUAUACACGUGAGUAGUAAUGUUUCGAUGACAUUUGUUUAUUUGUGUUGUCUAAAUUAGCCAUAGCGCAUAGGAUAGGCAUUGCAUUAGGGUUAAUAUUAGGGUUUAGAUUUGUUAUCCGGUGAUGGACAUGGACAGCUCGCGGAGACCGUUCGAUAGAUCAAGAGAGCCGGGUAUCAAGAAAGCCCGACUGACCGACGAGCUCGAGCGUGGCUCAAGUUCCAGUCUUCGACCGUUUCCUCAGCGACAAGUGGCUUCUGGAGUUAAUUUAUUGGCCCCAGCAAGGUUUAGGACAAAUGACAGAGAUUCCGAAAACAGUGACUCUGGUCGCGGCGGAUACCAGCCCCCUGCUCACCAAGAGCUUGUCAAUCAGUACAAAACCGCACUUGCUGAGCUAACAUUCAAUUCUAAACCGAUAAUUACCAACUUGACUAUAAUUGCAGGCGAGAAUCUUUAUGCCGCGAAGGCAAUUGCUGCCACUGUUUGCGCUAACAUUCUAGAGGUUCCCACUGAACAAAAGCUCCCAUCUCUUUAUCUUUUAGACAGUAUUGUUAAGAAUAUUGGGCGGGACUAUAUAAAAUACUUUGCUGCUAGACUACCUGAGGUAUUCUGCAAGGCAUACAGGCAGGUUGAUUCUUCUGUCCACUCAAGUAUGAGGCACCUUUUCGGAACUUGGAAAGGAGUCUUUCCACCCCAGACCCUCCAGAUGAUUGAGAAGGAACUCAGCUUCACUCCUGCUGUCAAUGGUUCAUCUUCUGCAUCUACACUGAGGAGUGAUUCACAGUCACAACGACCACAGCAUAGCAUCCAUGUGAAUCCUAAAUAUCUGGAGAGGCAACGUCUUCAGCAGUCAGCCAGGAUUAAAGGAACAGCUAAUGAUAUUGCUGGAGCUACUACAAACUCUAGUGAUGGUGCAGAAAGGCCAGAUAGAGCAUUGGGUGCUGCACGGCCAUGGAUGGAUUCCAGCGCUAACAUGCAUAACAUUCAGGGCUCUAAUAGAGAUUCGUAUAAUGAUUCUGUUCCUGAAAAGGGCAUUGGUACAUCCUACGGAGGCAAUGAAUAUGGUCCUGAUCUUUCAAGGAGUUCAGGUUUGGGUAUUGGAAGAGCUGGUGGCAGGACCUCUGAGUUAGCACGUGACAAAACUUGGUACAAAGCAGGCAGCAAUGCUGCAGACAUGAUGUCUGUCCAAAGGAAUGGUUUCGGUCUCAAGCGUAGGUUAUCAAAUCAUGAAGCACCAAAGUCCAUCAUUUUGGAUGAACAUAAUCAGCCAACCCAAAGCUUAACUAGCAUAAAGAGUAGUGUCUUGUCAAGUAGCUGGAAAAAUUCUGAGGAAGAGGAGUACAUGUGGGAUGAGGUGAAUGCUGGACUGACUGAGCAUGGUGCAUCCAAUGCCUCUAGCAACUUGAGCAAAGAUUGUUGGACUGCUGAUGAUAACAAUUUGGCAGUUGAAGAUCACCUUCAAAGCAUGUUUCAGGAAGAUAGAGAAGUAUCCACUGAAACAAAACGCCUGCCUGGUUUUGGUCAUCGGCCAUCAUUAUCUUGGAAAUCUCAGCAGCAGUCAUUUGAUGAGCCGAAUCAUAGGCCAUGUCCUUCGGAAGGCAUUGGAUCCACUCUUGGUAGGUUGCCAAACAUUGUGAAUCCUUCUGAUGUCAAAAUGGGAAAUCGGCCUUUCUUGUCAAGUGCCACAUUAGGAUCAGUAGGAACAGCACAGCAACAGCAAUUUCAUUCUGUGGGAGCAGAGUCUCCUUCUAGGCAGUCACCUUUGCGACAACAUUCUCCAUCACCUCCGGUUAAUGUCCACCGUCCUCAUCAAAUGCAGAUUUUGGCUGAGCAAGACCAUCCACAGACUCUUAAAAUGGCUCAAUUUUCAGGACGUCUACAGGGCCAAGAUAUUCAAGAUUCAUCAUCCAUCCUCCCACGUACUGUUCAGCUGCAGAAUCUUGGUUCUAAUACUGAAGUUUCUGAGAUGAAGGAAACCACAGCCCUCUCUAAAGAAACUAAAGAAGCUUCAGAGCAGUCAACUACAAGUACUAUGUUAGCUGCAGUUAUGAAGAGUGGAAUUUUCAGCAGUGGUCAGCCCGGUACAAGUUUCAUGGAUAGAAGGAGCCUGACAUCGAAAUCAGGGGUUCAGCCUACGCAGCCAAGUGGAUCAUCUCCUACAACGUCCGUUUCUUCAGGGUCUGGGGUUGCAUCUCCAUCUCAAUUAGGUCCUUCUAAUGAUGACUUAUCUACUCUGCCAAAAGAAUCUCAAGGAAAGGUUGGAGCUCUGUCAAGCCUGCCUGCUCUACCCCCAUCUUCCUCUACUGUGAGUAGUGCCUCAGCCAAGACUUCAAAUGCCACCAAUAAUAAAUCUAAUCCAGUUUCAAGCCUUUUAAACUCGUUAGUUGCAAAGGGUUUGAUUUCUGCAAAAAUAGAUUCGUCUACUGAGGUGCCUGCUGAGGUGCUGAUUCGAUUGGAAGAUCAGAGCCAAAGCAUCACCACCAGCAGUACUCUGCCGGCUGUUUCAGUUACUGGUUCUGCAACUGUUCCUGAUUUAUCUACCAGAGACAAUCAACCUGCAAAAAGUUCUGCACAAUCAACCCCUGCAGAAAUUAAAAAUCUAAUUGGCUUUGUUAAGCCCAGUGUAAUCCGGGAAUUGCAUUUACCUGUGAUCAGAGAACUAUUGGAUGAUUUCCCCCAUCAUUGCAGCAGUUGUGGCCUUAGGCUUAAGCAUCAGGAACAAUUUAAUAGACACUUGGAGUGGCAUGCUAUGAGAGAAAGAGAACAAAAUGAUAUGUUGAAGGCCUCAAGGAGAUGGUAUUUGAGGUCAAGUGACUGGAUUGUCGGCAAGGAUGAAGUUUCAUCUGAGUAUGAGGGUAUUGAUUCCAUAGAUUUACACGGCAAUAAAUCAGACAGAAGUGAAGUGGAUGCUGAAGUUCCCUCUGAUGAAGAUCAGUGCUUAUGUAUGUUGUGUGGUGAGCUGUUUGAAGAUGUUUAUUGUCAAGAAAGGGAUGAGUGGAUGUUCAAAGGGGCGGUUUACCUUCCUGUCUCCGGUGGUGGUAGUGAGAUGUAUGUUGAUGUCUGUACUAAAAGGGGUCCUAUUGUUCACACUUGGUGCUUAUCAGGAGCUCCAUAUCUAGAGCACCUACAAAGGAACAGGAUUAGAGCUUUAAUUUAGAUCAUCUGAUCGAUGGUGUUUUUGUCAGAAGCUUUCGAAGGGCACUCAGGUUUACUUGGCAUUUACUUGAUUUUCAUGGCUCUUUCGUUCUGAAUUGAUUGAUGAUUGCCUCUAACUGGGCAUAGAGCCAUCGAACAAAUUUUGUGCUCUCUUUCUUUCUUUCUUUUUUCUUUCCUUGUAGUUUGGGGGGAAAAUCCAUAGUAUUCAAUAUAUAGAUGGCAGAAAGUUUUUGCAGCUCAACUUGCCCAUUGACGUGGUUGUGUUCCUUUAUUUUACUAUGGUGUAAUGGAUUUGCACUUUAGCAGCAUCUGGUGCUAAUACGAAGCCAGGGCAUUGGCAGCCAUGUUUGUCACAAUUGCUAGAUGGCCCUCUCUGUAUCGCCCAACAGCAACGACUCUGCUCCCUGCCUCUUCCCAUUUCCCCUAUCUUACUCUAUGCGCGCUUGCACGUCUCACUUUUCUGGUAAAAUGGGAGAGGGGGCAUUGAUUCUGUGCUGGGAUAAAAUAAUAGCAGUGUUUUCAUUACCUAGUCUCAAAUAAUCUGUUGAUUGGAUUGUGGUUAGUAGUGACUAGUGAGAUUGUUGAUUGUGAAA